UCUGCCUCCGGCAGGCGCAGCUUUCUCUGGCUUGCAGCCCAGCAGCAAGGAGAGGGAUUUGGAAAGCGACUCUGCCUGGGUCUGAAGAGCGACACCAGCGGCCUGCCGGCCCACAUGGACUCCUCGGAGGGGCCUUUCUUACCCCCCAUCAAGGGGUCCGCGACAGCUCCCGCUCCCGCUGUCCCGGUUUGGAGACCCAAAUCGGCUCGAGCGGCACCGCCACCUGGUGGUAAAAUAAAGUGGGAUCCUUAUGAGUCGACAGCGAAACACGAUUUUGUCUUUAAUCCAGCAACAGAACACAAUGUGGACUGUGCACGAGCUGGGAGAGGACAUGUCAUCCCCUUCCAAGUGAACGAACCAACUGGUAAGAAUACCUACCAAGAUGAGUUCUAUUGGAAGCCUUAUUCCAAGGCAGAACCUAUAAGGAGUGGCUCUGCAUCUGGAGUUAGAAGAAACAACCCUCAGCCUGCAGAACGUUUCUUGAUAUGGAGGGUGCCCCGAGAAGAAGAACCAUUACCUAGCAUACCGUCUCGGACAAAACCUAUUACUGUACAAGAUAUUGAGGAAACCAUAAAAAAACAGUACCAAACGGUAUAUACAGGAGAUUAUUUAGGGAUACAACCAGGUGCUCAAAAAGACCCUGCUGCUUCUGCUUCACCGGACUGGAAAAUAUUAGCUCCACAGCCUCCAGAGACGGAGUUCAGGCGUCAUUACCAGCCACAGGCCCAGGUCCCCGAAUUAAAGGACUUUACUUGGAAAUACGGAUGUAAUGCAAAUCGGCGUAUUCCAGUGAGAGGCGCUGUUCCUUCAGUGACAUUUGCUCAGCUCUGGAACCAAGAAAAUACUAAACAGCUGACCACAUACCAAAAAGAUUUUGGGAAAGACUAUCAGGAUAUCUUAUCAGUUUUGAAUUCUUUAGACCCCGAAGAUGUUAAGGCAUAUGUGCAAAGUGCUCCUCAUCCUGAAAAAGUCAUCCUUCAGAACUUUCUUGACAAAGUCAAUGGGAACAAAAAAGUGGAAAGACCUUCCUCCUCAAAGAUACCAAGAGAGCAUCCCAUGAAAUGCAUGUGAAAAAUUCAGCAAUAGCCAGAGAGGCUGAAUUGCAAUCAAACACCCUUGUGGUCAAUCUUUAUAUUAAAUUGUUUGAAGACCUGUGUCCAGGAUUGUUUGUUUUUUAAUACUUCAGGGCUUCUUUUGAAAUUUUAAAGGGCUAGUACCACAACUUCACUUACUUCGAAAUACAGAGUGGAUUUGGGAACAUUUUUUCUGUCAUAGAAGGUGUAUUAUAAAUCUCUGUACGCCAUCCCAGUUAUGCUGAAGAUGUGAUAUGGCAUCUCGUUACUGUUUCCUUGUUACAUAGCAGUAGCAAUUUUGAGAAAGUUAUUAAAUAAACAUGAUUUUCAAAACAUUAAAAUUGAGAAUAUUAAUUCUAAGCUUUGAUUUUGCCUUACUGCAGUGUUAAAUGAGUUUCUAGAUAUCAUAUUUUACUUCUUGAAAUUCUCACCCUUAACGAAAUGCUUCUUUAUUUUAUUUUCCCACUUCAGUUGAAUAAGAAUUUGUGCCUUAUUAAUAUAUGAAUUAGAUUUCCUGCUUUGUACAUAGCUCCAUUUAGGAACACAAACCAAAUAAAUCCACCCAGUGCCUGUGAGCAAAUGUUUUAAGUGUAGAUGCUGAUGUUUUCCAGUAGUACAUUAACAAUGCAGUCCUAUGUAGAGUUAUUCCAGACUAAGCCUGUUGAUUUCGGUGGAUUUAAAUGGGAGUAACUCCACAUUGGACUGCUCUGGCAAUCAACCUAGUACUUAUCUAAAAGCAAGUUAACAGUAUGUCUGAGUUCAUUAAAAUAGUAACAUGAGAAGCUUAUUUAGAAGUCUAACACCCGUGCAAGAAUCAGAGAGAAUAAUUUACAAAUAGCAGUGAGAGUUAACGAUAGAAAUAAGGUCACUGGCAGAAUUAUAACAGCUUUUAAAAAUACACAAAUAUAGGUAUAAUUAUACAACUGGUAGCAAAAGGAAAGCAGGUAGGAUAGCGCUGGUGAUCACUUUAUAUUUUAGAUAUAAAACGAUGCAUUUGCAAAUCUGUAAAUAAAGACACAAUUUUUUCCAUGUGCUCAGAUUCUUGAUUUUAUAGAAAGUUGGGGUGGGAUAGGAAUAUUAAUGCAUAGGGAAGGUAUUAUAUAUUAAAGAGGGGAAAAAUAAAUGUUGACUCACAAAUAUAUGAAAAACCUACAAAUUUAAAAAACGGUUUGUGCAGAAUAAAAAUGUUAUUCCAUGUGCCACUUUCAGAAUAGCUGGUAUUUUCACUUCCCUUCCCAAAAUUUUGCCUUUUCAGGACAGCCCAAUUUUUAAAAAUGGUAAAAUACAAAACAAUCCUGUGCCACUAUUAAGUAUUUGUUUCAGUAUUUUGAUAACUGCGUUUGAUUUCAAAUAUCAUUGCUUGUCAAAUGAAAGAGAUCCAAUCUUCAGUGAAUAUUUGGGAAAUGGUUGAAUAUUCUGGGGAUAUCUGGCAGAUUUACAGCACCAGAAGUCUCAGACGAUUAAGUUCACAAGUGACAAAUUCCUCUUAUCUCUUUCAUGCACCAUAAUUCAUGAUGCUGGGAAAUUAUAAGACUAUUCUAUCCAAUACUUAAAGUUACAGCUCAAGUUAAAUCCCUCAUUUUGAAAUGUGUGCAAGUCUGUAACCCUCAGACAUUUGUGGUUGUGGAAUGGCUCAGCUGAUGUCGUCUUUUCGCUUCUGAUUACAGAAUGUUCCGACUGAACCACUUUGUGAAUCACUCUGGAAUUUCUUGGCUGGUGCUCUGUGUUCUUGUUUUUCCCUUAAUCUGAAAUUCAGAAAAUAAUAGUUGAGAAUGAAAAAAUGUCUGUAGGCCAGACUAAUGCACCUUGCAUAAUAUAGUGCAGAGCAGGACAUGGGCACAUUUAUUUUCCCUUUUUAAAAAAUGUAUGUGGUUUGCCCUACCAGGCAGAAAAGUGAAUGGGCAAAGAGUGAUAUUUUUAUAUAAAGCUGCCAUUUUUUAGGAUCACAUGAGAAGAUGAGAAGAUGUCUGUUGUUGAG